AUGCGUUCCGCCAUGAUCAGCAGCAUCUUCUUUCUCGCACUCUUACCCAUCGUGACCCUCGCCCUUCCCAUCGAUCCCAACGAUCAAAGCGGCCAAUGGGACCCCAGCGGCCAAUACCGGAAGGGACAUUAUGAUGCCCAGGGCAAUUUUGUCCCGAAUGAAAGCUACAUUGUCCUGAACAAUCCAAGCAACAACCAGGAGCUGGGAUGGUAUCAGAAGGGCCAGUACCCCGGCCAUGAGAAUUACAACAAUGGCCAGUACAACAAUGGACUGGGGUGGAACGAUCACCGUGACGGAAACAAGAACGAUCAGUUCAAGAACGGACAGAACCAAAAACAAGGUGCCAAUGGGCUGAAGACGUGGCCGGCUGGUCAAUCGGCUCAGACGCAAUCUGGCUGGACGGAUGCCAAUGGUGUUUGGCAUGCUCAUCCGACUGCCACUCAGUCGGGGGAUAGCUAUGAGAGUGAAAACAAGAAUCGGAACCAGGACCAGUACAACAAUGCUCAGGAUGGCUGUGUGAAUGGCAAAGAGUGGAAUGAGCGUACUGGGCAGCGGUGCAGCCAGUCUGCUAUCCCGGUUCCUUCGGCUAGUGCUUGGGCCAAAGUGAACUAG